GAUCCCGCGUCCCUGGCUACAGCGGGCGUCGGCUGCGUAAUGACGCCACACGCCCACUGCUUCUUAGUUUCAAACGGAAAUUGAGUAAACAUACAAAACAUUGGAUAGGAACAGAAGAUAUCAUUUUGAUCAGCAACUCUGUUUUAUUUAGUAAGCAUGUUUCCUUUUGAAUGGAUGUCAUGUAGUUCAUGAUGUACCGUCUCCCUAUCAUUGGGGUACAGGCUACUACGAUACAAACGAUUUCGAUACUAAUACAGAGGGUAAUUAUUGUAUUAUACAUAAACUCCUCCUCUUAAAACAUAAUUAAUACAUCAGAACUCGUGUAAAUUAGCUACGACUGGUACUGUUAAUUACACUAGUAUUGCAGCAAUUUAAUAUAAUAUCAAAGCCCCGAUUUUACCUUUAUGUAGUUCUCUGUGACUAAUAUUUUUGUGAAAAUAACUAUAAUGUUAUCUUAAUGUCAUAGUCUAAUAAUACUGAUCCGUUUUAAACAUUUUUUAACAAGAAACGUACGGCACAGAAUCUAUAAAGUAAAGUGUUUUUUUUUUCGGUUUGUGUAAUGUAAUUGCAUUUAUUUUAAUGUAAUCAGAAUAAACGGAGACACGUAAUAUCUAUAUUAUAUUUGAACAGAUUUCUGUUUAAAUAGUAGAGUUACAUAGGUUUGACAAUGCGGCGUUGUUGUUCGGGUGUUGGAGGUUACUGGGAGAUACUGGUUUUACCUGGGAUGGUUUUCAUCUCCCUGUCACUGUACGGUGCAUGUUCAACCGAUACGAUUAGCUACACCGGCAAAACGGAACCGUACGGACCAGGCAACGUGGACCGAACCGAGCAGCCGUCUCACACAGUCGAGUCUUCUUCCGACGCAGACUUGGAAGAUGUUUACACCACGAAGCAACCCGAGUCGGGUCCGGAACUUGUGAUCGAGUUUAGGGAUGAGAAUUUGACUUUCAUGGAAAGUACCUCGCCGCCGGACGAUGCUGCCUCCAAGGCAACCCUGGAAGCAGGUCCCGAGACACGGACGUUUUCCCACACUUACGACAUGCCCCUCUGUACCUGUGACAUCACUCCAGGGGUUUGUGACCUCAAUUGCUGCUGUGACAUCACAGACUGUGACCUCACAGAUGGGCCUGAGUCUGUCUUCACUCACUGCACCCCCGGGAGCAAAAGGCUCCCUGAUUGGCAGUGCGUUUCAGACUCCUUGCUGUUCCGCAGUAACGCUCCAAGCUCAGCUGAGAUCCAGACAGACGGACAGACGAGGCAGUUCUGUGUGCGGACAGACAACUCUCGGUCAAAUUAUUUCUGGACACCCCCAGUUGAAGCCAGUGAGUCAGUGAGAAGCCCCCCCUCAUUCACCCCUCGAACCCUGAGCCAGCCCUCCAGCUCAAAACAGUACAAGGUCGGUGAUCUCCUCCUCUCUUUCUUCCCCUCCUCUUCUGCAGUCAGUACUUUCAGUCAGCCGGCACCCAGCGGAGUGAACGGGCUGUGUGUCGACGCCAGUCCUGCAGGAUUUCUGCUGAACACAACGCUGACUUGCGCACGACCUCUGACCCCCACUUCCUGUCUGAAUGACCCCUCCCUUCGGGCGACCACUUACUACUCCUCCUUCAAAAUACUGCGGAUUCCCAGUGCGGAGAGUGCCAACCAGACUGAUAUGCAGAUCCCAGUGCUCCCAGUAUCGAAAUGGGAAGACCCGGUGGUUGAUGGAGAGUUCUGUAGGAAUGUCGUGAUGGAGGUCUCCUCCGUGUUUGUGUACACCCCCGCUGGUGAGAUCUCGAGUGUGUCUGUGGAAUUCUCCCUGAGCAACGUGUCCCUGUCUGGAUCGACACUGCGCCAGACGCACCGCACAGAGUUCAAGGCUGCCCCCUCUCCCUCCCCUCCUCCCCCAUCCCCUCCUCUUCAGUCUGGGCUGGUGUGGGGCUCCCCUGUGAUGGGUCGAUUCAAUGGCAGAGCCCAGCCAAUCUCCAUGCUGAGUGGCUCAGUGAACGGAGUUUGCUCAGGUGAUUCUCGAACCCCGAUCCUGUUCAGAGAGAACCUGCUCACAGGCUGCCAGCUCAGCUCGGUUUUUCAGAACUGUUCUCAGUUUCGCUCUGAGCUCUACAGAAUUCUCAGAGGGGUCACGACCCCUCAGGACAUUGCCAUGGUGAGGAACGCCCGCCCGGGAGAAGACUCUGAUUGGACGAGAGUCAUCCAAGAAGACUGCCCCGCUCCUGACCAGGCUGCAGAGUCCUGUGUUUCGGGGUGCCUCGUCCCCAUCUCUCUGUCUUUCCGGUUCCUCUGGGCUCAGAGGGGGCUCCUGACCCACCCCCAGGGACAAAUCCUGGGGGCAAAAUCCAGCAUGAGGUGCACCUUACUGCAGUGUACUGCCCGUCCUGUUACCCUGACAGCAGAAGUCUCGUUCGUUGACACCACUGUCUACCCAGAAUCCCCCAGGGGUCAGCCCAAACCUGAUUGGAAGCUUCCCUUUGAUUUCUUCUAUCCAAUCAGAGCUGCAGUGAGCCGGGCUGACAGGCAGGGGGCAGCAUGGAGCUGUUUGUGCAUCACCAUUGUAACAUCACUAAACCUGCUGUGGAACUGACACUGUGAUUUUAUGUAUUAGUUAAUAUGAUCAGUCAGUCGUCUCUCACAUCCGUUAAACUUUAACAUAGUGGUAGGGCUUUUCAUGGUGAAACAUGGCUUAUUCAUGAUGUUUAUUAGAGCAGAAAAAAUAGCAUUGUCUCAUUCAAAAUGGAUAAUUUUCUCCAGUUAUUAUACAACAAAUGUUCCUAAAAUACUGAAAUAUCCACAUUCUUUAAAGACGUUCUAUUUUAUCCAUCAGUGAAUUAGCAAACAAAUCAAAAACAUAAAUAAGUAAAAAUAACAACCGUCCUGGACAGAGUGGUCUUUAACAGAAGUAUUUCCAAUCUUCAAUGCAGCAGCUGCUGUUUUUUUCGUUGAAGACAUGGUAAAGAAAUUACACAGCUCUGUGCAGUGUGUUCAAACUAAACCGACUGCCAGCUUCCUAAAUGCAGUGGAACAGGUAGGGAGUCAGUAAGGCAAACCUUCCUGUGAAACUCAAUCAGGUGCCCAUUAUAAUCCUACCCCCCUCUGUGGAAGAACUACCCCAUGGAACAAAUGUGUUUCUACAGCAUCAGAUUUGAAACACACCGCACUCCUCACUAUGUGUAUAUUGUAAAAUAACUUGACCUGUGAAAGCUAAUGAGGGGCUUCAUUUUUAUACAUGGAUUGGUUACUUUUUACAAAACACAAAGACAAGAGUUUUUUUUAUAUAUUUUUAUUUUUACAAAUCAUUUCAACUGUUCCAUUUGCAGUUCUGACCCUCAAAAGACAGACAGACGCUCAGAGAGAACAAUAUUUUAUCACUUAAUUUGUCUUCACACUGUACCAGGAUUAAUACCGCAUGCUGUAAAAAAUAUUUUAAAUAAAGCUUUAUACAUUUAACAGAGCAGAUGGUUUCCAUUUUAUUUUAAUUAAAUUAUGUUUUGAGAAAACCCAGCCAAAGUAGGGGGAAAGGAAUUGUAAAAACUACAGCUCCCAGCAUGCCCCACACUGACAGUAACACUGAGGGGUGAUGGGAGAUGUAGCUCUUUAAAGGGGGAAGGGAAUCCAACAGUCCUAGCCAUUCAAAGAAGUGCUACUAAAUCAAAACAU